CCUAUGUCUGGAUUUUCACUGGGCAAAAAUAGUGAACAAAACGCUGUUUUUAAAAUGACGACCUCAUCUAACAACAACAGCGAAAAUGAACUUACCUUAUCGGGUAUUUGUUGUCCCAUAACGGCCUUGUUCCGUCGCUACCAACAAAUUAAGUACGAACAUCUUGUUGCUGGUGUUGCUGGUGGAGUGGUUUCUAGUACAAUCCUCCAUCCUCUGGACACGAUAAGAACCAGAUUAGCAGUAAAUGGCAGUCGUUUGAUCUGUGCUGGUGUCCAACGUCCUCAUUACGGGGGACUCGUCGACGUUCUGACAAGCAUGACGCGAGCCAACGGCAUUCACGGUUUGUACAGGGGAGUGACGCUGGGCAUACUGACCGCCGGAUGUACUUGGGGCUCCUACUUUUUCUUUUACGACGCACUCAAAGCAGAGCUGCAGCGUGACGACCCUGGAAAACCAUUAGGUCCAGCACGCCAUAUGAUGGCGGCCGCCGAAGCUGGAAUAGUCACUCUCAUCUUGACUAAUCCCAUCUGGGUGAUCAAGACUCGACUGUGUCUCCAAUUCGGUGACGAUUCUCAAUGCGUCUCGGAGCAGAAACGUUACAAGGGAAUAAUGGAUGCACUGGUGAAAACUUACCGUUACGAAGGGAUUCGAGGUUUGUACAGAGGAUUCCUUCCUGGAGUGUUUGGCGUUUCGCACAGUGCCAUCCAGUUUAUGGUCUACGAAGAAAUGAAAAACGGUUACAACAAUCACCGAAACAUGUCCAUCGACUCUAGAAUGCAGAGUACGAUGACGUAUUUAUCUUUUGCUGCCAUGUCCAAGUUGGUUGCGGUCAUGGCCACUUAUCCUUACCAAUUGAUGCGUACUCGUAUGCAAGACCAAUAUCACGAACAUAACGGCGUAAUCGACAUGCUGACGCGAACAUGGAGACAUGAAGGAAUACGAGGAUUCUACAAGGGAAUGCUGCCCACGUUGUUGAGGGUUACACCAGCGACUGCCAUCACGUUUGUCGUCUACGAAAACGUGUCACACCAUCUGAUUACAACGGCAUCUAGCAGCGCAAGCCAAACUGAUGACAGUAGCAGUUUAACAAGUGCCCCUCUUACUCCAGCUGUUCUCUAGAAGUCGGCCAUCAUGAAAACUUUUAAAUGUUAUUAUUA